UCUAAAUACUGUUGCAUUUACCGUCUGUAAACACUACCUCUGACUUUGAAUCAUAGCUCCGGGGGCAAGGUCUACAACGUUAUUCUGUUCCUGUUUUUACUAGAUAAUGGACCGUGACUGGAAAAAUCUUAUCAGGGUAAACAUCACCAUUGCACGAGAAGGGAUUUACUGACCGGAAGCAUCGUGAAGUGAUACAUCAAUAGGUUGAUAGGACUACUCUUAAAAAUGAUAGGUUAGAACGUCACAAAUCAAACAAAUCGAAUCUGUGCUAUUACUUGCAUAAGGGAAUAUUUGGCUUGUGUUGCAUAAAAUGGGUUCUGAUAAUUCUAAAGCAGUGAAACAAAAUAGCGAGACUCCAGCUACAAGCCGGCUACUGGUACCAUACCCAGUGUUCACCUAUGACGAAAAGCAUCAUCAACGUAUAAACUGUCUGAGUUUUAGUCCCAACAAAGACUUCCUGGUAUCCGGGGGAGAGGAUGGUACCGUCCGUAUAUGGGAACUUACCACGAGAAAGUGCGUCGACGUCCUGAAGGGUCAUGAGAGCUAUAUCACGUGUAUUAUAGCACUUGAGGAAUUCGUGGUGACCGGGAGUGGUGACAAAUCGAUCAGGAAAUGGAACUUCAAUAAUGGGGAACUAUUGGGCACAUUUGAGGGUCAUCAUGGCAUGAUAAGCAACCUGGAUAUUUACGAAAACUUUUUGUUUUCCACCUCUUUCGAUAAAACGGCAAGGAUAUAUAACUUUUCAACUGGAGAAUGUUUAUUUUCGCUUGAGGGGCAUACAAAACUGAUCUCCUCAAUGAUUGUAAUGCCACAGAGAGAACUGUUGCUCACCGGUUCAGGAGAUGGGACAGUGCGGACAUGGAACUGUACAUCUGGGGAAACAGCUCUGACGUUUAGCGGUCAUACAGGCCCGAUUCUCUGUGUCAAGGUAGACGUGGACAAACGCCAUCUCUAUACGGGAGGGGACGAUAAAAUCGUGCGACAGUGGGAUCUGGAUACGGCUGCGCCUAAGACACGGUUUAUAGGUCAUUUCAGUGCCGUCCUAUGUCUCUGCCUUCACAGGACAAAAAACAUGUUUUUUUCGGGAAGUUCUGACAGAUCGAUCAGAAGAUGGCCGACACAAGGCAAAAAAGGUCGGAUGUCGUCGGGUAAUCUCCGGAACGGAUCGAUAGGAACAAUCAUUAUGCCAGAUGGUUACAACGACGAAUUCAUUUUUGCUGGAACUGCAACAGGAUCAAUAAUGUGUAUAGAUAUCUUCUCCAUGUCUCCGACGAGGCUUUAUCAACCCCAGCUCAAGAGCGUACCACGUUUUCUGAUAUUGAAUGGCUUGAUGUACACGGGAACAUACGGCGGUGAGGUGAAUGCUUGGAAGGCGGAUAUCGCCACUAUAACUGGUGGCAGAGAGUAG